CUUAAUUUUCAUCCUAUUCAUAUCACAUUCCAAAUGUUUAGUGGCUGAACUCCUUCGGGCCUUUCUCUGGCUUCAUAAUCUGCUUCAUUUAAUUAUGGCUCUGAAGUCUUGGAUUUGGCGGGUGGUAGCACUUUGUUUAUGUGAUCGUGGAUCUGCAGCAAGAUCUUCUUCCCCUUGUGACAGCCACAUUUACUGUACUGGAAAGCUUCUACACAAAGUGCAGAUGGCCAAGCUCUUUGAUGAUGACAAACAUUUUGUGGAUAUGAAGUUAAAGGUGAAUCCAGAUGUCAUUUUGGAAGCCUUUGAAAACCUCACCUCCCCUACUGCGGAGCUAACAAAGGAGCAACUGAAACAUUUUGUCAAAACAUACUUUGAUGCUCCUGGACAGGAGUUUGAGGAAUGGACACCAGCCGACUGGGGUGAUCACCCCCAAAUCCUUCAGAAGAUUUCUGACCAGAAGCUACGCCUUUGGGCUACAAAACUGCAUGCUCUCUGGAAAGUCCUGGGGAGAAAGAUUAAGCAAAAUGUGCAGUCACACCCAGAGCUGUAUUCCCAGAUUUAUGUGCCCAAACCAUUGAUUGUACCUGGUGGCCGUUUCAGGGAGUAUUAUUACUGGGACUCCUACUGGAUAAUAAAAGGGCUGCUGCUCUCUGAGAUGAGUGAAACCUCUAAAGGAAUGAUUGAAAAUUUUUUGUAUCUCAUGCAAAGAUUUGAAUUCAUCCCAAAUGGAGGACGGAUUUACUAUGAACGCAGGAGCCAGCCACCCUUCCUGGUGCUGAUGAUGGAGAGUUACAUCAAUGUCACAAAGGAUCUAGACUUCUUAAAGCAAAGUAUUGAUCUCCUGGAUAAGGAGUAUGAAUUCUGGAUGAACAAUCGAGUCAUGCCUGUCAGUAUAAGAAGCAAAACUCAUCAUCUGAAUCGGUAUAUUGUGGAAGCAGCUGGCCCCAGGCCGGAAUCCUAUAGUAAGGAUGUGGAAUUAGCCCAGACAGUCCCAGAAGCUGCCAAAGAAGACCUGUGGAUGGAGCUAAAAACUGGAGCAGAGUCGGGUUGGGAUUUUUCAUCUCGUUGGUUCAUUGACUCCAAUGGGAAGAGUAGUGGGACAUUAAAAGACACAAAAACCAAACAGGUCCUCCCUGUUGACCUAAACUCUAUCCUCUGCAAGAAUGAGCGAAUUCUGGCAAUAUUCCACAAGCUGCUGGGUAAUUUUUCUCAGGCACAGUACUAUGAGGAUGCCUUAAAGCAUCGUAUUGAGGCUGUACACGAUGUUUUCUGGGAUGAAACACGAGGUGUCUGGUUUGACUACAACUUACUAACUAACCACAGCAACACUGCCUUCUAUGCUUCCAACUUGGCUCCUCUCUGGGCUGAGUGUUUUGCUGAGCAGGAAGCAGGAAAAACCGCAGAGGUGGUGAUCCGUUACCUGGAGGGCCAGCAACUACUGUCAUACAAGAAUGGAAUCCCAACAUCCCUGGUGGCAAGUGGUGAGCAGUGGGACUAUCCCAAUGCCUGGCCACCACUGCAGGAAAUGAUCAUUGAAGGCCUGGCAAAGUCCAACUCUGAGGCAGGCCAGAGGAUUGCAUUCCAACAGGCGCAGAAGUGGAUCCACUCAAACUGGCGUCUGUAUGAGAAACAUCAAGCUAUGUUUGAGAAGUACGAUGUCAGUGGGAACGGUAAACCAGGCGGUGGUGGAGAAUAUGAUGUCCAGGUGGGCUUCGGGUGGACAAAUGGUGUGGUACUGCAGCUCUUGGACCAGUAUGGAGACCGACUCACAUCUGGGGUCACAGGCCUGGCGUGCUUCACUUGGCUCGCUGUGCUUCCAGCCAAUUUCUUGCUCUCUCAAUUCUGAAAAAUGGUGACUGCGUUGUCACUAAUUAGGAGCCUUCUGAUUCUAUCACUAUUUGGCAGCACUGCCCUCAGUCACUGCCUGUUCCAGGGGAAGGUAGAAACUAAAUGUAGGAAAAUAUGCUCAGUUAGUGAAGGGAAAGAGAUGUAAAAAUAUAUAUAAAGAUGUUUAUGAUGAUGGUGGUGGUUGUGGAGCGGUGAAACCAGGUCUUGAAAGAACGCUGGUGAAGCUUCUGCUGUUUCUCUUUAAACCACUUCCUGUGUUAUUUCUUCUGAUCCUGUUCUUUGCCUUGUGUGACAUGUGACCUCUUAAACAUGGACUGAGCAUAAACAGCAAUAAAAAAUAUCUCCUCA